AUGACUGCGGAUGCCGCGCACGACGGCCAACGGCCGGCCCCGUAUGAAAGAAUCCGCUCGCAGCCCGAGAAUCCGUUCGCGGAGCUCAUCCCACACCAAGAGAUCGCCGUGAUCCCGUCCUUCACUCUCGAAUCCGGCGUCACACUCACCCAAGUGCCCGUCGCCUACACCACCCGCGGCACCCUCUCCCCCGAAGGCGACAAUGUCAUGGUCAUCUGCCACGCCCUCACCGGUAGCGCCGACGUCGGCGACUGGUGGGGGCCGCUGCUCGGCGGGCCCGGCCGGGCGUUCGACAUCUCGCGCUUCUUCGUUGUGUGCAUGAACAGCUUGGGCAGUCCGUAUGGUACUGCGAGUCCGGUUACCGCCAAAGAUGGGGUCCCGUCAAAGGAUCGAUAUGGACCCGAGUUUCCGUUGACGACCAUCCGGGAUGAUGUCAGACUCCACAAACUCCUCCUCGACGAACUCGGCGUAAAACAAGUAGCAGCGGUCAUCGGCGGGUCGCUAGGCGGCAUGUUCGUUCUAGAAUGGGCCUACUUCGGUAAAGACUACGUCCGAUGUAUCGUACCCAUCGCCACCUCCAGCCGGCACAGCGCCUGGGGCAUCAGCUGGGGCGAAGCCCAACGGCAAUCGAUCUACGCCGACCCCAAGUACGAAGACGGCUACUACCCCUUCUCCGACCCGCCGGUGACCGGUCUCGGCGCAGCCCGGAUGGCGGCGCUCCUGACCUACCGCAGCCGCAACUCCUUCGAAGCCCGCUUCGGCCGCAACAUCCCCGACCCGUCUCGUCGACAGACCAUCCGCGAGCAGCCGACUCCGUCGACGGCGUCCGAGGCACAUUUCCACAUUCAUAACGACGGGCACAGGUGGAAGCGAAGCCCGUCGCGCAAGAACAGCGAAGGGGACCAGGUCCCGCAAUACAAGAGCCCUGAAGACCAGGCCUCGGCCGACCCGCAGUUCCACGGGCCCAAGAACGGAGCUGCUUCUGCUGUUGCUGAUGGUGGCAACAGUGGCAACAGUGGCAGCGACAAGAACGGCAGCAGCCUCGUAGGCGGUGAAGUGAUCCCCGCCAACAACUCAACCUACUUCUCCGCGCAAUCCUACCUGCGCUACCAAGGCGGCAAAUUCGUCAAGCGCUUCGACAGCAACUGCUACAUCGCCAUGACGCGCAAGCUCGACACCCACGACGUGAGCCGAGGCCGCACCGACACCAUCGCCGAGGCCCUGGCCCUGAUCGAGCAGCCGACCCUGGUGCUGGGGAUCGAGAGCGACGGGUUAUUCACUUUUGCCGAGCAGGAGGAACUGGCGCAGCACAUCCGCGGCGCCCGGCUUGAGAGGAUUGAUAGCCCUGAGGGCCAUGAUGCGUUUCUGCUGCAGUUUGAGCAGGUUAAUCAUUAUAUUCUGGAUUUUUUGAGGGAGGUGCUCCCGGAUAUUAUGAGCAAGGAUACCGAUGGGGCGGUGGUGGCCAGCUCGGUGGGUGAGCUGACUAAGAGCAGCACGUUUGGAGAGGCUGAGGUUGAGGAUAUCACGGCGUGGUAG